ACUUUUGAGUUUCUGUUUCUUUUUCGGUUCGCUCUCUUGUGUGCACCGCGCUCAUCGAAGCCUCGCGGGUGGCGUCCGUUGAGCGGACAGCGCGCGCUGUCGAAAGAAUUCAAAUUCCUGUCAGAAUUCGAAUCCGUUAAAAAACGGUCUCUCAGACCGAUUCGCCAUCAGCCCUGCGCUUCCACAGCCCAACCUUUGCUGCCUUUAUGUGAAUUCUCUUCCUGGUUGCAACACAGUCACACGCAGUACAUUAAGUCCCGAAAAACGCAGUCCAUGCCGAGAGACCAAGUCGUCGAGUUAAAAAAAGACCGUGUAGUUUUAACCACGCAUUUCUAGACUAUUUUAAGUAAAAGGGUGGUUGUUUAUAUUCGUGUUAGAUGAAUGUCGUGAACCUACGUAGACCAGAAAUAUCUAAUAUAUCAAAACACAAACCUGGGACCUAUGCCUCGUCUUAAUGGAGAAUGCGACUACACAAUCCAAAGAAGGUCUUCUAGAGCCUGUGCUUCCAGGCUCUGUAACCUUUGAUGAGAAUAUUCUAGCUCCACUUCAAGACAACUAUUUGUAUAAAGAGUCAAAGGAGUGUUUCACGUACAACUCUGCUUAUCUGAUCAACAACGCUGCUUUACAAAAACGGUAUGCUGCCUUUCGUGCUGAGAAGAAGAAAAAGGGAUAUUCUGAGCAUGAACUUGAGGAGUCUUUUGGCUUUCUGCUGUUUGAUGAUUUAAACAAGGCAAGGAAAGUUGGGGAAACAGGUUUGUUGGUUGGACAAACAAAAUGCACUACUCUUGGAGAUUCCUCGAAAGGUGUUUACAUUUCAAAAUACUCUGACUGCCUCGACCUAAAGCGCUGGUACAGUGGCAAGACUGGCUACAUAAUCCUUGUGAAGCUAACAAAGGGUAGAGUUAAAGAGGUUACUGACAACUAUACCCAGAAUUUCACCCCUCCGACACCCGGAUUCGACUGCCAUGUGUCAGAACAUCUCAGUGCUGUAACUUCAACUACUAGUUUGUUCUUGGCUUACGAGCGGACACAGUACUACAUGUAUGAACGUAUUGCUGGCAGCAGUAACACAGAAUCGUGUCCACGACUAGCUUGUCCAUUGGCUAUUGUGGCAUUCUCAUACGGGGCAACUGCUGCCACCUCAGGGUUGGAGGAACAGAGUCAAGAUAAAAAAGUGUUUCAGUACAAGCCAUGGAUCGGCCAGAUGAUGAUUGAAUCAGCUGUCUAUGACGUUGGCCUUCAAUCUGUCAGUGGAGCCUGGUUGCCAACUAAACUCCCCAAGAUGAUUAAAAUUAACCGUGCAAUGGGUGUUUCGGAACUGAAAAGGACAUUGCCCCGGGAAAUUUUUGAAACUUGCAUUGUUGGUGAAGUUUGCAUAGAUGGCAAAUGUUACAAUUUGUAUGACGUUGUGUCCUCAAAGGCAAAAAAUGACCUUGCUCAAAUAAUCAAGGAGCUCAAGGAAAAAGACAUGGCUUUUGUUAUACCACUAGAUGAUUCUGGAUUCCUAAUACUUUUACAUUCUUCACACCUCUUCUCUUAUGAAGAUGCACAAUCUGGAAAGGCAGCUGCGCUUCAAGGCAUGUUUAUUUUCCCAGACUCCAGAUCUGUACCAAAAGAUACCAAGGUUGCACUAUCAAAGCAUACAGUGUCAGCAGAUAUAAUCCAAGCCAUCCCAGCCCUUAACUAUGCAGAAACAGAGAUGGAAAAAUGUCCUCCAAACCAGCAGGGGGCCCCACAUACUACAUUAGAGAAACACCUGCAAAACUACGCCACUCUUAUUCAGCCAGGAUUGUUGGACGGUCCCACCCGGGAAGCAAGUCUGUUUCCAGAUCAAUAUGAUGUGCCUAGUGGUUUUACACUGAUUGCCCCUAAAUGGUCACAGGAGACUGGCACUCUAUUGAAAUCAUAUUUUGAUGAGCCUUGUGGAUUUACCGUUCCCGUAGUCAGGGCAUUGGAGUUACUGGCUGCUGGUCGGCAGCAACGUGGCGAUGAACAAGAUGAUGAUAUCUACUAUAUAUCAUCACCAGAGGAGGUGCCACAGGCUAGCAGGACUAAUGUUGCCGUGAAUGAAACGGAGCAAGAGGAGGCCAUCAGUGAAGGUCAUAGUACCUCUGGCAUGGCAGUUGAAAAUCUAAAAGAUAAGCACAAGCCUUUGUCUACAGAGAAAUCUCAACCUGCUUUGCGGGAGGAGCUGGGGACACUGGGAACUGCAGUAGUUACAGUAGCUAACAAAGUGCCUGAGUAUCCAAUUUCUACUGUGUCACCUAAGUUGGGUGAUGUGGCUACAGAAAACUGUGUAAGUGUUGACUCUGAUGCUAAGAAAUCUCAGGAAUGUAAUGAAAAGGUUGUGGGUUUGUCCUCAAAAGAGACUCCUGUGCAAACUAGCAGUACACAAUUAACCAUAUCGAUGGAAGAAGGUGGCACUGCACUAAGCAAGGGAUUGGGGGAAAGUAUACAUCCUGAGAAAAUAAUGUCUAAACCUGAUAACAAAGAGGACUGGAGGUCUCUUCCAAAGCGUAGAGGUAGGAAUCGCAAAAUGCACUGGAAAGCCACAAAAGAGACCCCAGUGCAAACUAGCAGUACACAGUUAACCAUUUCAAAGGAAGAAGGAGGUAGUGAAGCAAGCAAGGUAACAGGGGAAAGUAUACAUCCUGAGAAAGUAAUCGCUAAACCUGAUAACGAAGGUGAUUGGAGGUCUCUUCCAAAGCGUAGAGGUAGGAAUCGCAAAAUGCACUGGAAAGUCUCAAAAGAGACUCCCGUGCGAACUAGCAGUACACAGUUAACCAUUUCAAACGAAGAAGGAGGUAGUGAAGCAAGCAAAGUACUGGGGGAAAGUAUACUUCCUGAGAAAGCAAUGUCUAAACCUGAUAACAAAGUGGAUUGGAGGUCUCUUCCAAAGCGUAAAGGUAGGAGUCGCAAAAUGCACUGGAAAACCUUGCAAGCUAUAAAAGAAGCCCAAAAAGAGCUUGUUUUACCUAUCUCAGGUUUGCCUCUCAUUUUACCAGGGAACACCACUGAAACCCAGAUGGACCCUAAAAAUGACAAAACCGAGUCAGACUCUCAGACUGCUAAUCACAAUAAUCCAAAUUCAAGUCGUAGAGGUAGGGGACACUGGCGAAAGGGUAUACGUCGAAACAUGACUGAAACCAGAAAAGAACAAGCACCUUUAAAAGGCACAGAAGUCUCAACAAGUGCACCAGUUGAAACUAUACAUGACCAGGGUAAAACGGCCUGA